AUGAAGGUCAUUGUUCGAGACAAUGCAGACGGAGCGUCCCAGUAUGCCGCAAAAUAUAUAGUCAACCGCAUCAACGCCUUCGCGCCUACACCUAAGAACCCUUUCGUCCUUGGACUUCCCACAGGCAGCAGCCCCGAGCUGAUAUACAAGUACCUGGUACAAGCGCAUCGGAACGGGGAGAUUUCAUUCGCCAAUGUUGUGACAUUCAACAUGGAUGAAUACGUGGGCUUAGCAGAAGACCACCCCGAGUCCUAUCACAGUUUCAUGUACAAGCACUUCUUUGCCCACGUCGAUAUCAAUCCAACGAAUGUCAACAUCUUGAACGGAAACGCCCCUAAUCUUGCAGAGGAGUGCGCCUCUUAUGAAGAAAAGAUCGCGCGAGCCGGUGGGAUUGAUCUAUUCCUCGGCGGAAUAGGUCCAGAUGGCCAUAUUGCUUUCAAUGAACCUGGCUCGUCAUUACGGUCGCGCACGAGAGUCAAGACCUUGGCAGAGGACACCAUCCGAGCGAAUUCACGAUUUUUUGGAGGCAAUCUGAGCCAAGUACCAAAACAAGCAUUGACCGUUGGUGUGCAAACAGUAAUGGAUGCUCGGGAAGUAUUAGUGAUAGUCCUGGGAGCCAACAAAGCCGUUGCGCUUCAAAAGACAAUUGAAGGUGGCGUCAGUCAGAUGUGGACAGCGAGCGCACUUCAAUUACACGAAUCCGCCAUGAUCGUCUGUGAUGAUGCCGCCACAGACGAAAUGCUCGUCAAAACAGUCAAGUACUUCAAGAGCAUCGAGCAAGUAUCCUUAGACCAACACACGUCAAGCGUGACCCCACAACAAAGAGCCCAGACCAAAGUCGACAACUGGCGUGGGGCACUACGCCAGCUCAAGAUCGACACCGACAAAAAGGAUGUAGUGGACCAAGACGACGGGGAACUGACGCCCGACAGCAUGUCCUCGAGACUGAUCGAUUCCGCGAUCGGAAUGAAUGAGAAGAAAAUGGAUGAUUUCAUCUUUGAUCGGAUGGGUUCGAGGGUUUCGACUUUUGCGGCUUGA